CUCAGUCUCAAUUUUACUCGAAAUCAAGGCUAUUUACAAGUCCAAUCCAGAGUCCGGAAGGUCACUCUGCUCAUAGUCCGUCGCGAAGAUGGAGUAGUUGUGUCUAGCUAGCCACUCCAAUAAGCUUACCAUCAUGCCGCACAGCAGAGGUCCCCGGCAUGUCAUCCACUUUGUACCGUCACAGUGCUCUGGGAUCUUGUGAGGAGAGUGGGUUCUCUAAAAUUAUGUGUAUGAGUUGAACGCAUCUGCAAGACUUGUGCUUUCAUGAAUACGCUGAAUGAACAAAAUAAGAUGACACACUCAGGCGGAACACCAAAAGUUACAAUGACGCUAGCAGCACCGGAAUAGCCAGACCUCGAGAAAUCUGCGGAGAAAACCUGUCGCCUCAUAGAAGAAGCAACUGCAAUCAGAUCGAAACCCCGAAUGCUAGACAUCUAGAUGCGCAGCUUGCAUCUGGUAUGUAUAUUCAUGAUGCUCUUCAAUGGACGAAAACUAACCUCGACAAACUUAGGCCUCAAUCCGUCGAAUUCAAAUUAUCUACAAUAAGGUUACGAAUCAAAAAUCAAAUCUAGAAUCAACUCUCCUCAGAUGGUAGCUGUGCUUGUGCAGCUGGAAAUAGUAUCAUUUGAAAAUCCGCAAACCAUAGCAAGUCCCUGUACAUUUCUCAGUCAAUGAUAGGGAAUAAUGGCGAAAUUCUGAUGUCAAGAGGCUGGCCCAUAUGGAGAGGACUGUAUUUGGAGAUGCCCCAGCAAUUGCUUGAAGAAUGUAGCAAAGGUUCCUCGUGUUGGCAGAAACGGCGCUUUGGCAUGCUGGUGGCAUGCUCAACCAUUUUUGAGACAUCACACGGUUUCCAGAGGGAAGAAUUUUCACGUAGCUGCUUGGCCAUCCAUUUUUGAGCAUUGUGAAGGGCCAUGACUAUAAGGAAUUUUGUUAUAGUUCACGGUUCCGCAAUCUAGGCCACUCCAUGCCCACAACAACGUAACAGCCACACAGAACUUGUCACAAACAUACGCCAUCGAUUUUCGAACCUUUGUUCUUUACAUAAUAAUUGUUCUGAAUCAGAAGGCUAUCGAGGGAAUGAGUACAGACACCGGCGCUUUGGUCGACUUUCCUAAAGGAGGAGGAUCAGCUGUUUUUGAUCCUCAGACGUCCAUGAACUCUCUGUCGAUAUUCCGGAGACUGAAGUGGAAUCACAUAGGGAGAUUUACAUCUAGAUGAUAUUCAAGUGCAAAGCCUUCAUAUAUGUUGGUAUUGCCCAGAUACGCCCCGUCUCGGCACUAAUAACAGAGGGAAGAAACACUGUCUUAUCCGAAAACAAUGAACUUUGGCAGUGCCUUGGGCGGGCGCGCGAGUACUUCCCUCUGAUUCUGGUCAACUAUCACCCGAACGCAACAUGUCCAACACGAUUAAUCACAAUAUCAUUACUGUGCAUUCUUGAUAACGGGAAAUGGUUUUGAUGAAGGUUUCGUUAACAAGGGAAUUUUAGGGUUGAAUACUAUCCUCAAAACAUGAACAGUUAUCCCACUCUAAUGUUCAUAAAGUCUGUUUCUGAAGAAAAAGAAA